CACGGGCAGCACCACUGGCCUGAGGGACACCCAGCAUGCGGGGGCCGAUCCCAAUCCCCCAUUGACAUCGCAACGCAGCGGGUGCUGCCCGACCCCUCGCUGCCCCCCAUCCGCCCCAUGGGGUACGACCACCCCCUCGUCCCCACCUUCAGCCUCACCAACAACGGCCACACCGUGGUGCUGGCACUGCCACCCACCCUACAUCUGGAGGGGCUGCCCCGAAGCUUUGCUGCUACACAGCUCCACUUCCAUUGGGGUCACAGUGGUCACCCCGAGGGGGCUGAGCAUCUCCUGGAUGGGCGCCGGGCACCCGCAGAGAUGCACGUGGUGCACUACGACGCGGAGCGCUACGCCAACGCCAGUGAGGCUCAGCACCACGCGGCCGGGCUGGCCGUGCUCGGCAUCCUGCUGGAGGUUGGCGAUGAACCCAACGCCGCCUACGCCAACAUCCUGAACCAUCUGGGCAGCGUCCGCUACGCCGGGCAGACAACGUCCAUCCCCUCCUUCAGCGUGCAGGAGCUGCUGCCCGAGCGCCUGGACCGCUACUACCGCUACAAUGGGUCCCUGACCACCCCACCGUGCUUGCAGAGCGUGCUCUGGACCGUUUUCCAGCAGCCCGUUUACAUCAGCGCUGCUCAGCUGGAGCAGCUGCAGGGCUCCCUGUACGCCACAGCGGUUGAUGAACCCUCAGCUGAGCGCCUGGAGGACAAUUUUCGGGACCCCCAGGACCUCAACCAGCGUCCAGUGCUGGCGUCCUUCACCAGCAGUCCCCAGGGGUAUUCAACAGGUGAAGUCAUCGCCAUCGUUUUCGGCACCGUCCUCGGCUGCCUCGGCCUCUUCCUCACUGUUCACUUCGUGAACAAACGGCUUCGCGCCCGGAGGACACAGGAGCAGGACGUCGUUUUCAAGGCCUCCUCCCGGCGCGUGGCUUCAGAUGAGAGCCACCGACCCUGAGCCAGGAAGGACCCCCCCAGGAAGAGCGUGUGGGGCUCAGCCCUACAGAAGGAGCCCUGCUGGAAGUAAAGCCCCUUCCCAACCCCACAGCUGGCAGAGCAGGUUGCAGAGCACUGACCCCAUUCCCCCCCCCCCCCCCCACUUCAUCCCAUCCCAUAAAAUCUCGGUGCCAUGAACGCU